ACGUCGUCCUGCGUUCCACGUGCUCAUCACAUCUCCAUAUCCAUCCCCCGCUACCCCAACUACACCACAUACGCCUAGCGCGCAUGCAACAUGAGUAGCGCAAUGUGGAGACGGGAACGGAACCACUGCGUCAUCAUGCGCCCCGCCUUCCGACCUAUGUCAUGUUCUAGCCCGCGUCCGCGUCGGUUGGGAGACUUCAUUCCUUCACGUCUCGUCUCGUCGCAUUGCGUCUUUGCUACCUCGUCUGAUUUGUUGUAUGCUUUUGGUGUCUUGUACUGUGUUGUGCUGUGCUGUGUUGGAUAGGAGUUGCUCAAGUGUUGAGGGUGGGAUAGAGAUAAUUUAGUGUUGGGCAAGAUAGAAUAGUUGGUUGGUUGAGGGUAGGUGGGUUGGAUCAGAUUGAGGGUUGAGGGUUGGACUAGUGCCGAGGAAGAGAAGGGAUUGGGACUUGACGCGACGAAUUGAAAAAUUGAAAGUUGAGAGAAAGAGAAAGAGAAAGAGAAAAAGAAGGGAAUCUCACAUCUAGAUUCAUUCCACGACCUACAUCUACUACCGUGGAAUCGCUACCAACAACACGACACCAACCCACGAACCAUCAACCACCCCGCCCAACCAACCGGCGUACAAUCCCCGCCAUGUCCAGUCCCCGGUCCCACCGCCCCAAAACGCCCACGCCCUC